AUGUACGAAACAAUUCGACCAAAAGUAGUACAUACAGCUGUUAAAUAUCUUGUUGAACAAGAACUUUAUAAAGAUGAAGGGAUUGUUAUAUCUAAUGAUUGGCUAAAUCAGCACUUCAGUGAAAGAGAAAAUUUUAUUGUUAAUGAUGAAGAUAAAAAAAUUAAUGAGAAUGAAAACACAAAAGGUUCUGACGGUGAUGAUAACUGGAAUGAGUGCGACGACGAGCCAAUCAAUCCAGGAGCUACUGAAACAUUAUUAAAUGAUGAAAUUGCUGAUCAAAAUGAUACCAGUAUUAAAUUUGCUCCAGCCAAGAAUAACAGACCGAUAUCUAUUUUGAUGGGCUUGAAAGUUGACGAGUUGACAUUUCCGAAAAUUUAUUGUGGAAAACAACGAAAAAUUAAAGAGAAUACUAAAUUAACUUAUGCUAAAAUUGCUAAAAAGUUUUGUGACGCUAUUUCAAUAAAUUUAAGAAAAACAAAAAGUACGAACAAUGUAACAGUUGCACAAAUGCUCAAUCGAGAUUAUGUGAAUGGUCUAAGACACAAUAAUGAUGCUUUUGCAUUCUUGAGAUGUGAUCGAUCUUCACCAGCAUUCUGGAAACUAAAAAAAAGAAGUUAUGGCAAUGAUUAG